GAAAAUGAAAGGGAGACAAUUCAUCGGCUGCACCGAUGUCAACAAAUGACGUCAUGCGCGUGGACGCGAGGGGCAUCGAAACACCUGUUCCUUUGUUAUUUGUUAUUCCCCUACGUCAUCUGUUUACGUUUUUUAAAUGGCACCAGCAUAUUAGAGAAACAUGCUUUUUUGUUUUGCACAGAAUGCAUUAAUUUUGGUGAUGCACCUCUUCAUUUUCGUCCAAGUGGGGGCUUUUCAGCUUGAAAUGAUUUAUAAUGAACUGUUCAUUUCUUCUCCAGUUGGAUUGAGUGUUUACACAGACGGAGUGUCAGUGUCAGUGAUGGAGGGAGAUUCAGUCACUCUGAACACUGGUGUUAAAACAAACCAACAAGAAAAUAUUAAAUGGUUUUUUAACAACAAUCGCAUUGCUCAGAUCAGUGGAGAUCUCAGUAAGAUCUGUACAGAUGUUCAGUGUAAAGAUGGUGAUGAGAAAUUCAGAGACAGAUUGAAGCUGGAUCAUCAGACUGGAUCUCUGACCAUCACAAACAUCAGAACCACAGAUUCUGGAGAAUAUAAACUACAGAUCAUCAGCAGCAACAGCAGCAGUGACAAGACCUUUAGUGUCACUGUCCGUGAUGAUUCUGGUGCAGAGACGGAUUUAACAAUGUCAGUGAACGAGGGAGAAUCUGUCACUUUAGAUCCUGGUGUAAUAAAAAACCCAAAUGAUUUGAUGACGUGGUAUUUUAAUGACACUCAUUUAGUUGAAAUUGCCAGAGAUCCCUCUACAGAUGAUGAGUUUGAAGAUGCUGAUGAGAGAUUCAGAAACAGGCUGAAGGUGAAUCAUUCGUCUGGAUCUCUGACCAUCACAAACACCAGAACCACAGACUCUGGACUUUAUCAUCUUGAGAUCAUCGCCAACCGCAGCAGCAUCCGCCGGCGUCAGCACAGCAUCAGCAUUAUCAGCGAAAAGAGCAUUAGUGGGACUGCCACUAAUGAGAUUGUGUAUUUUUUUGGUAUAGCAGGAGUAAGUGUUGGUGUUCUGCUGGUGUAACAGGUAAGAAUUUCUGGUUGUGUUUUCUGUGUGUGUGUGUAUAUGUGAUGUGGUGUCAUUUAGUCAUCAUUACAAAAACACUAAUAUAAUUGACUAUUUAAGACAGUACUGCCCUUUUAAAUGUGCAAGUUGUUUAGGGGAGAUUUUUAACUGCAAAAUUAGAUGCUCAAAAAUUUAAUGCUCAGAUCCAAUUUUCUGUAUGUCUGUUCACAUUAUCAUUUUUAAAUGUGGCCUAUAUCAGAUUCCAAUGUGUGCAAACAUCAUGCAAAAGAACAACAACAAGACAGCUUGAAGCGCGCUGUCAUACAGAAGUUAGUCUCGCGUAGCCAGACAUUCAGACUGACGCAAGAGGGUCUGGACUCUAUCGCAGCUUUCAUUGGUCAAGGACCACUCAGGAGGAUGUUUGACUGACAUGUAACGCAACCAAUCACAGUUUGUUUCGUUCCGCAUCAUGUUAACGGGGGUGAAAAUGGAAAGUCGAUGUCACUUCAAUAUCAGCCGUCAUGCCGGCGUGCGUCUAAUAAAUGAUUCAUUCAAGAGCAUUGUGCAAGUUUACUGCAACAGUGGAGCCGCGAGCUUCACAUACUUUUGAAAAUCCAGCGUUUAGUUGAUCCUGGAAAGCUCUCGUUCUCACAGUUGUAAACAUGACGGCGUUCUUCUUCCAUGAGUGGGUUUGGCGUCAAGGCAUUUGAUUCCAGGCGGACCAUUAAAGAACGUGACACACACGUCUCCCGGACAUCCUGUAAAAUUCAACCAACCAGAUGACGACUUCAAAAAUCCUGAAGUAUUUCCAGAUAAGUGUGCAUCAGACGUUCAGCCAACGGUCCGUGGGCGUGAUGUCUGAGGCUGAGACUAUACGGAAGUAUAGCAGAGGCCACUGAAGUAAACGUUUACGUGUUCAUUUCAAGCGUGCCACACGAGUCCUGAACACGCGUACUGCCAACAGCCAGUCCAUAUGUGUACUCUCCACGUAAAAUUCCUCCCCUACGGGUGGGUAGUGGUCUCCGCAGUGUCCCCCAUGGGUUCGCUUCCCCAGUGUAGUCUAGUUUACUUAGCGGGUAUUUCGGAACAGCAGUAGACUCUCUCGGCGUAAGCUCGCCCCCUUCCUCGUCCCACUGGUGCGCCGGGUGGCUAGAGCUUGUGCUGGGCACUGGAAGGGGUUCAUACUGUGGCGCUUUAUUUGGGAUCCCAAUUCGUCGGUCACUACUGACGUACAUCGAACGUGACUGACUGAAAGGGAACGUCUCGGUUACGUAUGUAACCCUUGUUCCCUGAAGGAGGGAACAGAGACGUACGUCCCGUCACCACAGUUGCUGUACCCUCGCUGUAGUGCGGACUAGGUUGUCUUCUCAGCGAAAAACAGAGUGCGAUGGCAUCUGCUCCCCUAUUUAUACCACCUGGCGGGGGCGGUGCGCAUUAUGCAAAUAUCGCACGCCAACUCCAUUGGCUUGUUUUAGUUCACUCGAAGCUGAUAGAGCUCUCUGGCGAUAUCCCAAUUCGUUGGUCACUACUGACGUACGUCUCCGUUCCCUCCUUCAGGGAAUGAGGGUUACAUACGUAACCGAGAUGAUUUUGGGGUCACCAUUGUGCUGAAGAGUAGAGCAUGUGAUGAGGUUUAUGAUUGGCUGAACACCAUUAAAGGGAUAGUUCAACCUAAAAUGAAAAUUCUGUCAUCAUUUACUCACCUUCAAGUUGUUCCAAACCUGUAUGAAUUUCUUUGUUCUGUUGAAAACAAAGGAAGAUAUUUUGAAGAACGUGGGAAACUGAACAGUUCUGGGGCACCAUUGACUUCCAUAGUAUUUUUUUCCUACUAUGGAAGUCAAUAGCCGCUUUUCCACUGUCAGGCCAGUGCGAGCCAAGGCUUUCAGCGGGCCAAGCUAGGCUAAUAGCCCCGGACUUGUAGCACCAAGCCCAAAAUUACGCUGCAUUUCCACCGUCGGGCCAGAAGCUCCGCAGCGCUUCACUAAAACCCGCCCGUAACAUGCCUCUCUGGAACAACGUCACACAAACCCGUCAUUUCACAAACAAAUGGAAGUUUUAUCAGAAAAAUAAUCAGAAAGAAAUCACUGGAAACUAGCGACAUCGUAAAGUGAACAUGAUAAAAGCAGGCGUUUGUUGGCAUUUUGUUGUUUACUUAAAGAUUUAAAAACCCAAGCAUCGAUGUUUUACCAAACAAAUUGAUCAUAAUGAAUUAAUUUGUGUCAAGAUUAAACAUUAGUCACAGAAAUAAAGUGACACUGCACCUUCUGCAAGUAUUUUUUAUCAGCUCAUGGAAAAGCUAUAAUCUUGAUGCAUUUUGAUUCAUGUUCCUUUCUUUUUACCCCUGUAUGUCAUUAUUUGUUAAAAGUACAAAAACAAUGUUAGUAGUAGCAUGUCUAAUUGAAGUAGCUUAUAAUGAUAACUUGUGUACUCUGUAGCAUUUUGCUUGUUGUUAACAUACUAAUAAUAUUAUUAUUUAUUUCUGUUUAAUUGUAGACUUAGUGCCCUUGAAACGGGGACUUGAACUGUCUUCUGUAGCCUAUUGGGUAUUGUUACGUCCUCGGACGUAUUUAAUAUUAAACUGUGAUUUGUUCUUAUGGUUUUUUUUUUUUCCUUUCGAGUCUCUCUCUCCUCAUUGCUCUAGAUUCCGGCUGCUAAUCAUAUGGGAAAGCGGAUUGGCUCCUCUCUUGUCAUCGCAUCCUUUAAAAACAAUGCUAGGGAGGCGCGGCUCUGAGUGUGUGUUCUGCGUUCCUCCGGCCUGUUGUAAAGUUGUUUUAAGUAAAGUGAAAUGGCCUGUUGUAUGCCUAACAUUGCUUUCCAACUGUUUUUCCCACCAUCUUUUUCUUUGGUUAUUUUUGCUAAUUCUGUUUAAUAUUGUGUGGGCAUUAAAAGGUAAUCUGUAAAUAGAGCAAUGCCCACUCUUGUAGGGAAUGGGUGCUUAUUUUCUCCUGGUUUUGAAUAGAUAGGGAGAUAGGGAAGUGGGAUGUUUUUUUGUUCACUUCUUCUUUGUUAGGUUAAGGUAGCCUUUUAAAAAAUAGUUAGUUUUUGUUUUGUUUGUUAUUUUGGCUUAUGCCAAUUUCUGAAGCUGAUCAGUGGCUUGGAAACAAGAGAAACUGCUAGUUGCUCCUACAAUAAAUACAAAUCUAUGCUUUCCCUAUGUGACGUUCUUCAUUUAUGUUACUCCUAGACUGGGACGUAACAGUAUCACGCCCAUUCAUUUUUGCCCGUACUCAACCCGAACCCUUUGAGCGCCCCCUAGCGCUCGCGCACAGAUUAUUCGCCUUAAACGCCGCCUGCCUCUCAGAAUUAGCUGUAUAGACCAGUGGUUCCCAACCUUUUUUACGCCAAGGCCCACCUCCUCUCUGAAUCAACACUGCGAGGGCCGCGGCCCACAGGUUGGGAACCACUGGUAUAGACCAACACCACAAUUUGAUCCAGGCUGUAAACAUGUUUUUUUUUUCUGCUGUAAAGUUGGCCAUUUUAACAUGGGGGUCAAUGAGAUUCUGCUCUCUUUUGGAGCCUGUUCCUAGCGGCCAGUCGAUGAAUCGCAGUUUAAGUCACUUCCGUAUUGGCUUCUUCCGCUUGGGCACAACCUAACGCUUUUGACUUUCUCAGUUUGUGUAAAUCUAUUUAGUGUUCAGAGAAUUUAAUUUAUUCCACAUUAAUUUCACACAUGUCUGGUACUAAUAUGUGGCUUUGUUUCAUUAAUACAUUGUAUACUUUUUUUCUUUAUUUACACCUAAAGAAUGGAAGUGAAAUGUGACAAUAUUCCCCAUAGUUGGGGCACAUUGUAACAUGACCAUAUGACAGCUUAAAAUGUUAUCUGAUCUAAUAAAAAAAAAUAUAUAAAUGACAAACUAAAAUAUUUUGUCAAUAAAAGACAACUAUUAGUUCAUAUAAAAUAAUAGCUUUUUUUUUUUUUUUUGAAAUUCAAAUUUAAAUAAUUUUGUAGUUUGACAAUGAACACUGCAAAACACAGCUAUACAGCUGCCUAGGUCAAAACAAUGCAGGCAGAUGAAGAAACACAUUCACACAUUCCCUCCACUCACAGCUCUCACAGAACAGGGGGUAAAUAAACAAGCCAGUACCAAUGCUGAACAUUUCUUGAAAUAAUAUUUUAUGAAUGUAUAUGUUUUCUCUCGUAUAUCUGGUUCCCACAAUCUUUGAAGCCUUUUCAGUACAAAUAGUUGUAGUGUCGUGCUUCACACUGUAUAUUUGUUUGUUUGUUUGUUUGUUUUGUUUUGUUUUUCUGAAAUAAUCCUUGAAACACCAGUAGCGUGGCAGACAGACGCUUGGUUUUCUGUGUUGACACCUUGGAAGCAAAGGUUCAAAAACCAAGUAUACAAAAGUGAGGCCAGUACAUAGGCCUUAAAUAUUCUUUUUAAUGUUUCACUUACAGAAAUAUGUGGUAUUUGCACAUAUCACAUAUAUGCAGUAAGGUUUCACAGAAAUAUCAGUGUUUGACUUCAGAGAAUGUAUUAUUUGUCAAACAUCAUGCAUAGAGUUACUAACAGUGAGUUUCACUUUAACAAGAGUGGUUCAAACACUAUUCACACCUCUAACGUUCUCUCACAAAUGCACAUCAGCUGCAAAUGUUCAAUAAUAGGCACUCUUACCAUUACAGAACAAAAAUAUAUAAGAAUAUACUGCAAAAUAUAAUGCAAUAUAUUAUAUAAUACUUUUCCAUAUAUGGGAAACUAGUGUUUAUAUUUUUCAAUAUAAUGCAAUAUAUGCAUUGAUUAUGUAUGGCUAUACAUUGAUAUAAAAUAUUUAUAAAUGAAGACAAAAAUAGCAUUACAUGUAAUAUUCAUAAAGUUUUAUCCUUUAUUGUGUACAUAUAUAGCACGUACAUGUUCCCAUAUAAAUGUGAAUGUUGUACACACAUAUAUACACACAUUCACAGAAUGAGUUACAGCAGAUUUCUAGUUCCUAGCAUGCUUUGCUUCUGACUGUUAAAAAUGUUAAAAUUCAUGUGUUUUGCUCAAUAUUACAGUUUUUUUCAACUGCUUACACACAAAAUCCUUACUUGUCACACAAUUUCUAAAACCUGACACUAGCAGAACCACAUACCAAAUCUGCAAAACCAUACACUAAUUCUCGACUCAGUUUUCAAUUUCAUAAAACACUUUUUGCAAAACACAACACACAGAUCUUUAUGUUACACACAAAAAUCUUGAUUUCCUUUUUCAAACACAAACAUUGUUUCUGUCCAACUACACAUGGUUAAUGUAUUUAUUUUCUUUUGUACUGUAAUACUGUAUUUACAAACAAAUGCUUACAGUAAAAAAAUAAAUAGUUUGGUUUCAA